AUAAUAUUAAGUAACCUUCGUGUAGGGAUGUAUUGAAUCUCUUUAUGUACAAACAUCAAUCCUUAAAAUUAAGUAUACGAGCAAGUGCUAGUAGUGUGAUCAGUGAUACGAAUGCUAUUUGGGCUAAUCUUUUGAUUCCAACUUCUCGACCUCAGCACAGUAUUAAAAAAUUGGAAAAAAUUCACAGUGACUACAUGAAACUGAAGAAUCAUCGAAGUCGUGCAAAGACAUCGAAAAGACAACGAACAAAUGUGGAACAGUUUAGCAAACGUCUUGAUAAAUUAUUUGACAUUGCAAAUUGUGCUGCACUAAAAAAUUUACCGAAAAAUUUGCAGCAAUUUUUGACAGAUUGUCGUAAAGGAAAUAGAAAUAUCCAUCUACCAGCAAUUGACGUUAUACCAGAAGAAACUUCUGGAAAUCUGUCUGCGAUGGAAGUAGAAACUCCCAAUAAUGAGGAAAUUGAAUCAUCAUCCGAGAAAUGAUUACAAGGAGUUUUUGGAGCUGAGCUGUAUCUUUUUGGGUGGUAUCAAAAGUCAUAGAGCCGAAUUUAAAGCACCUGGUGCUUUUCAUCACGCACGGUGGUAAUCGAAAGCUCUCUAUUGCUUGAAAAUAUAUAUGUUUAGAAACCAGUUUAAAAUGGGAGCAAACGAAAAAAAAAUUUUGCAGAAAAUAUGUGUUUUCAUCGUAAUAUUUUAUGUAAAAAUAUGGUUUACUGCUCCUAAUGCAAUAAAUGCUCCAAACUCGGAUUUGCAAUUAGUAAAAGAUCUUAUUGACUACAGAAAAAUACAUCCAGAAAUUGCAAAUGCAGCACUCGAUAAAUUGUCUCGGCAUUUGUGGUAAUUACACGAAAAUCUUGCUUGUUUGGCUCUUUUUGAUGAAACUGUGUCAGUAGAAGAAAAAGUAAAGAUCGUACAAAAAAUAAAUUCCCAGGUAGCGGUCAAAAAGCCUAAUAAACGUUUAUCAGUCGCUUAUGAAGAAAUAACGUCGUUAUCUGAGAAAAACAUAAGCGAUUUUGUUAAUCCAAACUCGUUGUUUAUUUUUGAGCAAUUUGAGCUCCCCUAUGAAUUUUUGCAUACAGAUCCAAGUUUGUGGGAAUCAAAUCUUGAGUAUAAACGAUGUUAUGAUACAUUCAAAAAGUUAAAAGUAGUAAACGAUACUGCGGAAAGAGAAGUAGCGCUAGCCGAAAGUUUUAAUGAAGUAUUGACUUAUAACGAAGAUGAAAGACAAAGAAUUUUUCAAACUGUUCAGCACCAUCGAUCUCAAUACACAUCGUGUAAAAAAUCACAAUAUAUUGACAAUGAAUUAAUCUAACAAUUCAUUUUUCUGCUUUCAAUAAUAAUUAAUUGGUAUUGUUGUUUUUA